AACUCUCACCAGGGACCACCAACGGCGUCGUAUAUAUCGUCCCCCUGCCGUUCAAACAUUUCUCCGUCUCCGAUACUACUAUGUGGAGCGACCUUCCCUUGGAUCUCCUCGCCACCAUCUUCUCCUACCUCUCCCCAGACUCCUUGGCUUGCGCCAGGUCGGCUUGCCGGCAUUGGCAUAAAUCUGCCAAGGCUUAUCUCUUCAGCACAACCUCUUCGGUGCCCCGGCCCGACCCACCAUGGUUCGUCGCCAUGUCGACGCGCAGCCACAGAGGAGUGUGCUGUUACACUCACAACCCAAUUCUCAACAACUGGCAUGCUCUCUCUCUCGACUUUCUUCCACACCCAGUUCGUCUUGUUAGUUCCAUUGGAAGCCUUAUUCUUCUAAGACCCACAAAUUCUACGUUCCUCCAAUUGUCCAUUUGCAAUCCAUUUUCAAGGCAAUUCAGGCACCUCCCUCUGUUAAACAUCACACGGACUAACCCAGCCGUCGGCGUUCUUGUUCGGUUUCCUUACUUUAUUGUAUACGUCGCAGGUGGGAUGUCCGACGCACCGCGUGGCGGCGGCGCAACAUACGAACCCACGUUGGAAAUAUACGACUCGCGACAUGACAGGUGGCGAAUUGUCGGGUCCAUGCCGGUGGAAUUUGCCGUGAGGUUAACUGUCUGGACACCCAGUGAGAGCGUGUUCUCCAAGGGGGUCCUAUAUUGGAUCACCUCUGCCCGGGCUUACACUGUAAUGGGCUUUGACAUUUGCACAAACACUUGGAGGGAACUGAAUGUCCCGAUGGCAGACCGGCUUGAUUUCGCUACGCUAGUGCGGCGGAAUGGGGUGCUGACGCUCGUCGGUGGCGCGUGCGGCGAGAACGCUUGUAUAUGGGAGCUGGGUGAGGGGGAUAAUUGGCGGCUGGCCGAGAAGAUGCCGGUUGAAUUUGAGAUGAGACUUUCAGGUGGCAAAGGAAGUACUAAGUGUGUGGGAAGUGAUGGAGCGAUUUACUUGUAUAGAGAGCUUGGUUCAGGAAUGGUAGUUUGGAGGGAAGUUGUAGAAAAGGGUGUGUGGGAAUGGUUUUGGGUUGAUGGGUGCCGUUCCAUUGGAGGAAAACAAGUGCAUAGUUUCCCAAUAAAAGGAGUGCUUCUUCACCCAACUCUUGCUCCCUCAUGCAUAAAUUCUAACUAAAAAAAUGGUGCUUUUUACUCUGCUUUUCCCUUACAAAUUUUUGUUUUCUAUGUAACUUUGCAUUCAAAUUGUUUCGGCUGUGUUUGUCUCUACAAGAGAUGUGUGAUCACCGGGAAGUUACGGCGACAUAAUUUAUGCCAAAAGCAAAAUAUAUUGACCAAAAUGUUCUUA